CCUGUUUACCAAAUAACACAAGAAAAUUUUCAAUGCUCGACUGCUCCGUUGCUCGGAGUCGGUGCUGCCAUCGGUGGGAUCUCCUCGUCCAAAACGACCGUAAGGGAGGCAAACACUCCUUGUUGGUGGGUGAUCAUCUUUUUUUUAUUUCUUUCAUCACAGAUUGAAUUCCUCCAACUAUGGCUAGUGAGGUCCUCGACGACGAUGUCCUUAGCGACGUCGAUAACGACGAAGACCCCUCAACCGCAUCCCCUUCCAACGUAUCCGCCGCCGACCAACGCCUCCGAGAUCUCCUGGCUGAAUUGGAACAGGAGCGCCGCUCGCGGAAGUCCGCCGAGGAUGCCCGUGUAGAACUCCAGACAUCUGUUAACCGCUUGAAGGCCUUCGCCCAGGAUGUCAUAAAAAAGCGAGAUGACGCUCUCCGCGAGAAGGACGAGUCGGCCCGAUCCGCUGAACGCGUCAGCGCCGAGCUCUCCGAAGCUCUUAGGCAGAAAGACGAGGCCUUGCGGCUGGAGCAGGAGGCGCUCAAGCAGAAGGAGGAGGCCUUACGGCAGAAGGAAGAGGCUUUCAGGCUUAAGGAUUCCUCGAGGGCGGAAAUAGAGACUGCCGCCCAGAUGAUGGUUACUGGCAUCGAGAAGAUCUCGUCCAAGGUCAGCGGUUUCAAGAAUUUCUCCGUCGGAGGACUCCCCCGCUCACAGAAGUACACCGGCCUGCCUGCUGUGGCCUACGGCGUCAUCAAGCGUGCGAACGAGAUCGCGGAAGAACUCACUGCGCAGAUUGAAGCGGCUGUCAAGUCGAGGGACGAGGCGCGGGAGCAAAUUGAACAGCGGAACUACGAGAUAGCAAUUGAGAUGUCACAGCUAGAGGCCACGAUCAGCGGACUUAGGGAGGAAGUAACAAAGAAGGGCACUGAAAUUGAUGUUUUGGGUAAGAUGGUUGAGGAGAGAGAUUCAAGGAUUUCGGAGAUGGAGAGGGAGAUUGCAGAACUGAAACAGUUUGGGGAUGACUCUUCGGUAAAGUUGAGGAAUUUGGAAACCAAACUGGACGCUCAAAGGCCUGUGAUAAUAGAUCAAUUGAAACACAUAUCAAAAGCCUAUGAACAGAUUAAUGAGAUUGUUAGGAUUGCUGAUGAAAACUCAAUAGAUCAGUCGUACUCAUUGGAUUCAUCCUUCGUGUGGAAGGAAAUGGACGUAGAUCAGAAUUUGCGGACAUCCUUGGAAGGCACGGUAUCCAUUUAUGAGUUAGCCAGCGUUGCUUGUGAGAAAGUGAAGUCAAGGAUAGAAAAGGUAAAUCGGGAAGUAAAAGAUCGGGAGGAGAAGGUUUCUGCUUUGUUGGGAGAGAAGCAGCAUAUUGGAACUUUGCUUAGAAGUGCACUCUCCUCCAAGACCAAUCGGGUGCUACAAGUGGCAGAGGAAGGGCUCAGAGAGGCUGGUAUAGAUUUGAAGCUUAAUGGACAUGAUAAGAAUGGUUCUUAUGGGGAAGCAGAAGAUGAAGUCUAUACCCUGGCUGGUGCUCUGGAGAAUACAGUCAAGACCUCUCAAAUUGAGAUCGUUGAACUUAGGCAUUUGGUAGAAGCUCUCAGGGCAGAGUCUAGUCUUCUUAAGGCACACUUAGAUGCUCAAGCAAAAGAGAUUGGCCAGUUAAUGCUGCAAAUAAAGGAACUUGAGGAGAAGGAGCAUAUGGCAAAUGAAAGUGUUGAAGGUCUCAUGACAGACAUUGCAGCUGCUGAGGAAGAAAUUGCUAGAUGGAAACUGGCAGCAGAGCAGGAAGCUGCAGCAGGCAAGGAGGUUGAACAAGAGUUUCUCGCACAGCUAUCAUAUUUGCGCCAAGAGCUGGAGGAAGCAAAGCAUGCCAUGAUGGAGUUUGAGAACAAGCUCAAGUUCAAAGAAGAGACUGCUGCUGCAGCAAUAGCUGCCAGAGAUGCAGCAGAGACUUCUCUUAAGCUAGCUGAUGUAAGAGCUGGCAGGUUGAGGGAGAGGGUGGAAGAGCUAACACGACAACUCGAACAGCUCGAUAAGAAUGACUCGACCGGUCGAAACAGCCACAGAUAUGUAUGUUGGCCAUGGCAAUGGCUGGGAUUAGACUCUGUAAGAUACCAAACAGAUGUGCAGGAGAACUCCAAUGAGAUGGAACUAUCAGAACCCCUUAUUUAGGUUUGUGCAGUUUUUUCCAGAAAUGUGAUAAUUCAUUGCUUUCUUGUAAUCUUGAUUGAAGGUUAUGGGUUUGUAUUCUUUUCAUUAUUCCAAAGUAGGGAAGUGUUGGGAUUUGCUAGUGUGAGCAGAAUCAGGAAUGAAGAGCUUUUUACUGAUGAAGAUCAAGGCAUGAAUGUGUGAAAUAUAGUUGUUCUGCAACUAUUAAAUUAUAAAUUUUAAUGGUAAAUGAAGUUCAUGUAUUCUUUUACUA